UAUAAAACUGUGAUGGCGGUCUGCACAAAAGUUUGUUACUGAGAUUCAAAAUAAAAAGAUAAAAGGCUGCCUGUAUUGUUUUACUAUACUUAUACACCAAAUUAAAAUCAUGGAACCUCAACAUCCUCUCAUAGUAAACAACCCUUUCCAUCAACUCAAGGGUAUUGGAAGGAGGACUGGAAAACUCAUAGUGAAAAAGAAAAACAUCAAUGCAGAAGAUAGUGACAUAGAGGAUUAUUUUUCUGGUGCAGAUGAUGAUGAAAGUGUUGAUGUGACAAGAGAGUCUUUGCUGUCAAAAGAGAAGCUAGAAAGUAUUUUGAAAGAUGAUGAUGAUGAUAUAGGCAGUGCCCCUGCUGCUGAUGUUUCAAAAAAUAAAUUUGCUAUACCAUUGGUUAACUCAGCUAAGCAGUCCUUGUCAGAGGAUGAUGAGAUUAGAGUUGUCAACCCUUUUGCUUGGAAUCCAAGAUAUGGGAGGAGAACUGGUAAAGACCUUCUGGCUGGGAAAGAGGACAAAAACAUGUCCAGAUUUAGUGACUUUUUCACUGACAAUGAAGUUAGUGUGUCAAUGCUUCCAACGCCAAAAGGCUCUGUCACAAGGUCUACAACUGCUUUGCUUGCAACAAGUACAGAUGGUCUUUCUUCAAACAAAAAGCAUUUAAAAAUGAAUUUGAAUAACAUUGAUACAAAUGAUGAACCUGAUCACAUGACAAGAACUAUUACACCUGAAAAUUCUUUACACGCAGACCACUCAGAUUCUGGUGAUGUUGAACUAAACCAGCCUGACAGAGACAGCAGCAAAACUAAUUUGUAUGCUACAGGGUGCCCAAAUAAUGUCAACACUUCAGAGAAUAACAGUAGAUUCUUUGUGGCAAAAGUUAUUUUUAGUGAAAAAGAUGUAAAUAAAUCCACUAGAGAAGGUCAUCAUUCUAUUGAACAUUCUCUUGCAGUUUCAGUAGACCCUGAAUGUAUUUUUCCAAGUUCGGAAAAGAAUUCUUCACAUUUGAAUGAACAGGAAAACACAGGCAAGAGAGAGCACUCUAGUGAAUUUCUUCCAAUAGACGCAGACUACUAUCUACCUAGCAUUUCCACAUUUCUUAGGCAAAAAGAUCACCAAACCACUCGCACAGAAUCAAACGAACCUUUGAAUUCUACUUUAUCAAAAGACGCACAGCAAGAGGAAGGCAUGGUCAAAUCUGUGAAAAAAACUGGCAGUAAAUCCAGAAGUGUCAAUAGGAGUAAACGAAUCCCUGAUAAAAUAAGCUGGCAUACCACACUACCUAUGGGAAAUGAACAGUUAAAUGUUCAGUUGCCUGACCUUUCCCAUGGUCCUAAAAUUGAUAUUUCUUCCAGUUCCAUUACUCCAAUUGAAUCUGUCAGGUUGGUUAGUGAAGGUCUCGUAGUAAAUCCUGGUCUAGAGCCAUACAAAAUCAUCCAGUCAUCAUUGGAAGAACUUGAGGCAAAGACAGUCAGAGCAAAAACAAUGGCAGUGCCACUUGACUUUGGUGGGGAUAUAACUGGCUCUGUUUCCAACACUGAGAAAGUGGCAGCUGGUCAGUUUUUUGGAAUUAAGAAAAGACUGUCAUACUCUGUGGCAUUAGCUGGAGGGGAUGGUAAAACAGGAAGAGCUGAACUACUUAGGAAUAGUAACAAGACAAUUGAUGUCAUUAUGGAUAACCAAUACACUGUCCCUUCACCUUUCAUCUCCCUAUAUCCCAAGAGGGUCUCUGAGAUUGAGCUCAAUAGAUUUCCACCUCAGCCUCCGCCAGUGUCUCUAGACACCAGCACAGAAAAUUUUUGCAUUGUGGAUGAGAACAUUAUAGUUGCAACCAAACACCCAGUUCAACAGAAAACUGCUGGGAAAACACAAAGACAGAGAAAGAAAUCUGGUCAAGGACAAGCUGAGAAAAAUAAAAACGCUGAUAAGAAGUUAACACGGAAUAGUGAUGUUGUUCUGGAAGUGCCUGAAAGUUCUACUAUACAUGAAAAGUCUGUUAACGUUCAAGAAAAUCAAAAUUUAAUUUCUUCAGACAAACAAGAUGCAACAGAUAAAAACACAGAAAGCUCACCCACUAGGUCACCUGAAGUUGAACUAUCCUUGAACCCUAAACGUAGGAAAUCUAAAAAUAUGAACAAAAGUAAUAAUUUAAAUAAAAGCCAAACAAAGUCAAAGAAUGACCAGACAGCAAUUCACGCUACUGAAGCUCAAAUAAGUGCCAACGUUUCAACUACACAACAAAGGAAAGUUGUUGACAACCAGUUCUUUGAUGAUAACUCUCAAGAGAAUCAAAAUUUGAUUCCAUUAGACCUACAAGAUGAAUUAGAUAAAAACACAGAAAGUUCACUCACAAUGUCACCCAAAAGUGAAAUAUCCUUUAACCCUAAAUGUAGAAAAUCUAAAAAUCUUAAUAGAAGUAACAAAUUAAAUAAAAGCAAAACAAAGUCAAAGAUUGACCAGGUGUCUAUUGCCUCUACUGAAGUUGAAACCUAUGUCAGCGUUCCUAUUUCACAUAAAAGGAAAAUUGUUGACAACCAAUGCUUGGAUGAGAUUGAGACCAAUGUGAUAGAGAAAUCAACAGGAGAGAAAAGUAAAGACUUGAAGAAAAACCAGGCUAGACAUAAAAAGAAAGGUAAAGAAAUGCCAGCUCAAGAAGAAGCAUCACCACCUAAACAAAUAAAAAUGUCUGAGAAACCGGUCAAACACAAGGAUAAUGCCCCUACACCUCCAGUCAAAAGUGCAGUACCUGAUAGACCAAAUACACCCCCGCCUAAGUCAACUAAAGCUAAAGCCAAACACAAGAAAAAUAAAAAGGAUACAAAUUCACAGACAUCCGAGCUCAAAUCUCAAAGUAUUUUAUCCAAGUCUAAAGUAGUUGAAGGAAAAAAUAUUGAGGAAAGCACAAAAAAUGCAAGUUCUUUAGAAGAAUCAGAUAGCAAUGGAAGCCGAAGAAGUGGUAGAGUGAAGGUCUCAGCUCAGCCUGUCCAGUACCCGUUCUUUAAACAAAAAACUAAAGAAAAACCUGCCACAGCUACUGUUCCUAGAAGAACCAAGGGGAAGAAAUCUAAGAGCCAGAAAGUUCGGGAUUCAAAGAGGCACGGCGCUACAAAAUAUGUGCCUGCGACAAGAGCUUCCAGGCGAAAAGCUGGGUUAAAUCACAAGACAGUUCUUUCACCACAAGAAGAGGAACAGGAGUUUAGCUGUAAUGAGGAAGAGGGUGGUGAAAUAAGCGAGGAAGAUGAACAAAAAACUGAAGAAAAAAUCUCAGCUGUCGGAGUAAAAUCUAAUUUAAAAACCAAAGGGGAUUCAAGUACUUCAAAACUUGAAUUAGUUUGUGAUAAUUCAAUGAGUCGUGAAAAUGCUAACAUGAAAUCUAGAUUUUCAAGUCCCCGUCGAGAAAGUGACAUUCAAAUUGGUCAAGUUCCAUUGGUUGAAUCUAUAAAUACCCCAAAGUCUACUAGAAGAUCUUCGUCAACAAAAAGCAACAAAAUAUUGGAGCUAGGGGCGAGUAUAUCAUCAAACAGUGGUGAUGCUGGUAACACAAAGCAUGCAGGGAAACUACCUGAAGAACCAGCUGUUUCCCCAGGUGUUGAAAACAAUGAACCUUUUAAAAAAUCCACCAAGAAAGCGAAACCAAACAAAUCUGUUGGUAAAACAAGAAAAAAGGUAAGCCUUGUCCAUCAGACAAUUAUAGAAUGUGAUACAGAAGAAGAAAAUAAUUCUCUACACCCACACAGCUUUAAGAAAUCAUUAUCAAAGGGUAGGUCUUCUUCCAGCUCAAAAUUUCAGAAAUCUCUUACAUUAGAAACCAAAAAUAACAACAGCUGUUAUAUUGACAGCCCUAGUGAAAAGGUACUAGUUGUUGAGUCACCUCAUAGCCCAAACACUGAAUCUCCACAAGAUGACGUAGUCCCAGCACCCAGCAUCAGUUCAAGGAUAAACACCAGUAUAAACUCUACACGCCAUGAACAAUUUAAUACUAGUAAAACUCAGUCAACUAGAAUGUUGCCAGAAAAAGAUAACAACAUAAAUAAGAAUGAUUCCAUUGCUUGGGAAGGAUCUGAAGAGCAAAGAAAACCAAGGAGAUCUCAAGCAGGUCGUAUGAGUCAAACAGGAAACAGGAGAACAUCGAAAAAACUGUUGCAGAUAGAUGACAAAAAUGAAGACUGUACCACACCAUUGAAGUUGCGACUUCUUUCAAGUUUACCCAACAUAACACCAAAAAGUGGUGUCUCGUUUAGGCAUUCAAGAUACCUCACUUCUUCUGUAUUAGAAAGUGAAGAAAAGACCCCAAAAUCUAUAAAACCAAAUACACCAAUUACUGCUGGCCUCACUUCAUGCAUCAGAGACACCAGCUCAGUAAAACCUAAAAGAAAAGGAAGAAAAGUUCGAAUCAGUGAAAUUAUUGACCAGCAUCUGUUAUCUCCCACUGAAGUAGAUACGUCAACCACUGCAACAGUAAACAACACUACCUUGAUGUCAAUGAAUUCAAGCCCUGUUCACUAUGCAGAGACUACAGGAAUUGGAGGACAGCUCAACACUACCUCACCAUUCAUGGUUUUACCUGACCUUUCUCAUAAAAUCGUACAACCUGAGUCUCCACCUUUUCCUGGCCUGCGCAGAUCCAGAAGAACCAGAGUAAAACGUUUAGCUUCCCAUAAAGGUGAAGGGAUCAUCUACAGGCGCGACAGUACAGGCUACUGUUUGGUGGUAGAUGGUGUGCAACCCAGCAUUGGAGAAGCAAAAGUCAAAGCUAAAGAAGAAAAACGAAAGAAAAAACUUAAAGAAAGAAAAUUGAAACUGGCUAGAGUACCACUGAGAAAGAACAAACGCUUGUCUACACACAUGCACCCUACGCAGGAUGUAACCUUGAGUACUGAUGUUCCCAUCAUUGAUCCAGAUACUCAGGAGAACGUUGUAGUUGAAGUGCUUUCCCGCUUUAGUGAUGUGACGUGGUUUGGUCCAUCACUGGAACCUGUCCAGAGUUUGGAUUCUCUAGCUGUUGGCCUCAAGCUGCAGCACCCUGGCUUCAGUACAGGAGAGAUUCACAUUAGAGCUCUGUCAGAGAAAGAGGAGGAACUUGCAACAAGGACACUGAUUUUCCAUGUUAUCAAUGGUAAAAUUUGUGUUAUAAUCAACCAAGUUUCUGUAAUUGUUGAAACCAGGGAUGAUUUUUGUAUACCAAGAGGUUCUGUGUACUCACUCAAAAACCUGCGUAGAGAUGUGGCUGAACUACAGUUUACAGAAAUCAACGAUGUACCUGAUGUAUUGAUUGAUAGAUAG